UUGACCGCACCGCACCGGAGUAGAAGUGCAAGAAAUUCGACGGUAAAUUAACAGAAUUUAGGAGAUUGUCAUCUAUAGCCGUUAGUAAUUUAGGUAUUGAGAUUAAAGAAAGCAUCUAAUUACAAACCAGAGAGAAUGAGAAGAUCUAAGCGAAGAAAGAGCUCUGUUACAAACACAAAGAGCACUGCUAGAAACAGAGAUGAACAAGAGUUGAAAGGGGAUCAUAGUAGUGAACCAGACAAGAAAAGACUGAAAGUUGUUUUAAGAAAAACCCCAUAUAACGAAAAAGAUAUAAAGUAUCUUAAAGAGGAUAAAAGCUGUGAAUCAGAUGGGAGAAAGCUUCAAACAGUUGAAAGAGAAGUCUAUGCAGGGAGUCCAGAUGUAAGAGCAUAUAAUGAGAAACAAUGCAAUAAUUCAAAUACAGAAAAAGUUAAAAUUGUUUGGAGGAAAGGCCCAUAUGUACGUACAGAUAGAAAGUUGCAGGAACAAAGAAGUGAAAAGGAAAAAGAAAACCUCGUUGUUGGAAAAAGCUCUGUUGAAAGUAAAAACUUUGAGAAGUAUGAUGAGGAUCAGAAUUUUGAACCAGAUAAUGCAAAACUUAAAAUUGUUGUCAGAAAGGAUUCUGAAACAGGAGAAUGGACAGCAUCUGAAGACCAGUUUAGGAAGGUAGAUAACAUGUCAGCCAUAGACAGGACACAUUCGGAAUCUAUGAAGCAAACAGUUUGUACAUUGAAAGAAACAAACAGUUCCAGUGUUCCUGAAGAACAGAAAAUGUUUGCAUCAAAAGGACAGCAAUGUGUUUAUAAGAAUGAAAAGUCUGUUAAAAGGUGUAAUAUUGAUACAAAACAGAAAAGCAGUGAGAUUACAUCUGAUACUGGUGCUCAAAUAGUAAAACAAGAAAGUGGUAACAAAAACUUUAAAAAACUGAAACAUAACUCUGAUGUAAUGUUAUCUUUACAUGAAAAUGAUAGCAGUAGUGGCAACUUUGCAAAGGUUUCUGCUAAUUUAGAACAAAGCAGUGUUGAUAAAAGUGCUGGAAAAACAUAUGACAUUGAAAGCUGUAAUGAUGAAAGUAACAAUGCAAAGCACGAAGGAGAAUUUGGUAAUGAAAAUAUUAAUCUUAAUAAGGAUAUGUUAAAGUUAAAAGUUGCAUAUGAAGGAGAUGGAGAGAAGCCAUAUGUGGAAAAUGAAACCAAAUUGUGCUUGAAUGAACAGAUAAAUGAUGCACAAAACAAGAUACUGCCUAAACAAAUGGUCAAAUGUAAACAUAACCAUGAUAUUGACAUCAUAACAGAUGAAAUAGAACAAAACAUUGUCAGUGAUACGAAUGAUAUCAAAUCAUCAAAUAGAUUUGCUAAAAGCUCCAGUAAAGAUGUUUUGAUAGUGGAAUUCUUUGAAGAUGAAGAUUCAGUGUUCUCUAAUGACAAAGAAAAUGCAGGUAACAAUAAUAAUCUAGACAACUUAGAGGCAUUUGAUAUAGAUGUUGAUAUUAAACUAUUCCCAUACAAAAGUGGGUGUACAAAUAGAAAAGACAUUGAAAAUGAGAAGCAAAGUUUUGAUGAUUCUAGUAAAGAUGAAGUUAGUGAAAAUUCACAUUUUCCAAAGAGCAAUGAUGUACAUUUUUCUGAAAUGGGGGUUCACAAAGAAGAUGGAAAUAUUGGGGAUUAUUCUUUAGGUAUUGAGUAUCGUGCUGAAAACCAAGUUCAUAAGCCAGAAAAUGUUAUACACUUGGAACAAAAUAUGGUGAAACCUGCUGAGCAAGUAAAAAUUUCAAAACAAGUUGAAAAUUAUCGGUCUUUUAAACAGCUGAUGAAUAAGAACCCAUUGUUUGAAAACAUUACUAAUGGAGGAGUUGAUUUGAAUGAAAGUUUCAAAGAAGCUGAUGAAAAUGUGUUUAAGAUGAAUGACAGUAGAUGUAAAACACACUUAAAUCAAAAACAGGGUGAUGAAACAUUUGUAAAUUCUACAAAGAACGGAGAGCACAUUUCUGAAUUAGAGCCAAACUUGGCAUAUACAAACAUGAAUGAAAGAGCUUUUGAAGAGGUGAGUGAUGUUGCUAAAACAAAUGUAAAUGAAUUUUGCUGGAGUCAGACUUGUUCAGCACAUAGUGUAAACGAUGUCACAGAGAAUUUCAAAGAUAUUAAAGACCUAAUAAGUUGGACAGUCAACCAAUGUUUAAGCAAUGACAACAUAUCCGAUGAUGUAGCGAGCAGACCUUUUGAAAAUCAGGAUAAAGAAGUUGUUCCAGAAUUUAAUGAAAAACAUUUGGAACAUUCGGAUGAAAACAAUAACUGUUUGAUCGAAGUUUAUGUAAUUGAUGACAAUGACAUGGAUGUGAAUAAUAAUAAUGCAGAGCAAAUGAUGAAUUAUGAUGUUUCAGUAGACACUGAAGUAAAAACUCAAGUAGGAAAUGUAGGGUAUUGGACUGAAAGGGGAUUGUUUGAGUCUGAUAGUCACACAGACUGUUACCAAACUGUAAAUGAAAAUGACUAUAGACCAAUUUGCUAUGAUAGUAGAGUAUACUCUGAAGGUAAUGAUGGUGAUGUUCAAGAGUAUUUUGAAGCAAGUAACUCUGUAAUGUCUGAAUAUUCCAAGCAAGAUGUAGAUUUACAGAUGCAUGAAGACUUGUUAGAAGUGGACAGCUCACUAAAUUUGUCACCGGUAAGUGAUGUUAUGUAUGAGGAUGUACCAUAUUGGGACACUUGUUUAGUUCGAGAGUUUGAAACGAAAAAUUACUGCAUUGGCAAAAACAAACCGCAAAGACAGAGAAAUGCUAGAGGACAUAGAGGGAGGAAAAGUAAGAGGUUUAUCAAAAAAGUAAAUUCUGCUAAAAUUGAUGAUGAGAAUUUGUUAAAGUCAGAGGUAAAAGCAGACAAGUCUGAAAUAAAACUGGCUGCAAAAAGCAAGAAGGGACUUACUAAUCAUAAAUACAGAAAUAUGAAAGGUCGAAAGCGAAAAGGUAACAGGAAAAACAAUGAUUUGUGUACAAGAAUUGAGGAUGAUUUUAUUGCUAGAAAAAAGUUGUUAAGAAAACUAAAGAAUGGAAAGCUUGGAGACAGACCUCAUGUUGUAAGAGUAACAGAGAAAGGGAUGAUUAUGGAUGUAACAGAGGAAUAUCAUGAAUAUUUGCCUUACCAGUAUGGCUACUAAUUUUUGUCAUUUCUACAGUAUUGAGAUUUUGAAUUGUAUUACUUUUGCCUGUUAAAUAGUGGCUGUGGAAUAUCAGGGACAUUUGUUACAAUACAGCUAUUUUCUCUUGUGAUUUUUACAGCAUUGGGAUUUUGAAUCAUUGUAUUAUUGUUAUAUGUUAACUUAACAUUAGUGAUAGUAGAAUAUCAGGGAUAUUUGUCAUAUCAAUAUGGCUACAUACUGUUGUUCUUUUUAUUGUAUUUGAAUUAUGAAUUUUAUUAUCUCUGUAAACAUUUCACGUCAGCUAGAUGUUGUAUAGACGUCAGACUAAUGUUGGAUUUUGGUUGGAUUUGCAAACUGUUUAGAUGUUGGAUCCCGUUAUAAGCUAGUGCUACUUAAAAGCAUAAUUACUGCAUGUACAACAAACAUAUAACAUUUUAAAAUCUGGAACUUCAUAAAAAGAAGCUUUGUAUAAAUUAUGCAAAUGCAUUUUUACAGUUACUAACAUAAUGCAUCAAUCUGUGAAAAAAUAAUUAAGCAUUUAUAAAUAUAACUAUUAAAGUACGGUAUGUAUAAUUUUUAGAAUGUUUUACUCACAUUGUGAAACCCUUUGUAUAAAGUAUUUAUAAAUUAUAUAGCUCUAUCUAACCUCCAACAUACAUCAAACUACUGGAAGACUGUAAAGCCAUGCAGGUUUAUCUCAGGAAUGCGUGACUAAUAGACAGCAUGUGUAGAAGAAGACCCUUAUAUAGGUGACUCUGAGAAUAAUUUAUACAUGUUUCAAAUUUACUUUUUAUGCCCCCGAAGGGAGGCAUAUUAGUUUUCAACUGUCUGUCCGUUCGUUCGUUCGUUAGUUAGUUAGUUAGUUUGUUCGUCACAACGUUAACUUUUUGCAUGAAGGCACUUUACUCGCAAACCACUGCACCCAGGACCUUCAUACUUUACAUGCUGAUAGUACUUAUAGAGUACACCACACCUACUGACUUUGGGGUCACCAGGUCAAAGGUCAAGGUCACAGGGGCCAACGUUAACUUUUUGCAUGAAGGCACUUUACUAGCGAACCACUGCACCCAGGACCUUCAAACUUCACGUGCUGAUAGUACUUAUUUAGUACACCACCCCUACUGACUUUGGGGUCACCAGGUCAAAGGUCAAGGUCACAGGGGCCAACGUUAACUUUUUGCAUGAAGGCACUUUACUCACGAACCACUGCACCCAGGACCUUCAAACUUCACAUGCUGAUAGUACUUAUGGAGUACACCACCCCUACUGACUUUGGGGUUACCAGGUCAAAGGUCAAGGUCACAGGUGCCAACAUUAACUUUUUGCAUGAAGGCACUUUACUCGCGAACCACUGCACCCAGGACCUUCAAACUUCACGUGCUGAUAGUACUUAUUGAGUACACCACUCCUACUGACUUUGGGGUCACAAGAUCAAAGGUCAAGGUCACAGGGGCCAACAUUAACUUUUUGCAUGAAGGCACUUUACUCGCAAACCACUUCACCCAGGACCUUCAAACUUUACAUGCUUAUAGUACUUUAUGAGUACACCAACCCUACUGACGUUGGGGUCACGAGGUCAAAGGUCAAGGUCACAGGGGCCAACGUUAACUUUUUGCAUGAAGGCACUUUACAUUCGAACCACUUCACCCAGGACCUUCAAACUUCACAUGCUGAUAGUACUUACUGAGUACACCACCCCUACUGACGUUAGGGUCACCAGGUCAAAGGUCAAGGUGCUGCGGGGGCAUUUGUCACCAUUAGUGACAGCUCUUGUUCCUGAACAGUUUUAAACUGAUAUAAAAAAUCAUAUGCCCCAUAUGGUUCUGGGACAAUCUGUGUAUGAAAAGAAUUGGAACCUCUGCCUUACCCUUGCAUGAUCAUAAAAGGCGACUAAUAGGGUCUUAACACUUGGUUUUGCUGUAAGUCUGUGAUUCCAGCAGGUAUGCAAAUUUUGAUUCCAUACCUCAUGUUUUUAUUUCGAUGUAAAUGGGAUGUGAAAACAAAACUUGUAGUCCUGUUUGGCGCCAUAUAACUUAUACUGUGUUGGUGUGCCGUAAAACCCAAAUAAAUAAAUAAAAAAUCAUAUUCUGGAAAUAGACAAUCUUACACAUUUUGGUAACAUAGUUAAUAAUAAUUUUAAAUUUGACUUUCGGAUGAAAUUUCAUUUAUAUGCAUGCCUCUGUUCAGGCCAUUAUAAAAACGAGUAAAUAUCCUUAAACUAUACUAGUUUUACUAAAUUAUAUAUGUUAGUUCUAUAACAAAAAACAGCAUCAACUGACUUCUUA